AUGGGCAGCCAAGUAGCAGCGGAAGAAGUAGAAGAGAAGGAAAGACUGGUAAAAAUGGGAUCGUACGGAGGAAUGGUCCGGCAGCUGAGGGCCGCCGCAAAAGAAGAAGAGUCAUGUGCUGCUACGGCCGCUGAGGAGGAGAUAAUGUUGCUGUGGGGAAUCCAACAGCCAACUCUCUCCAAACCAAACGCAUUCGUCGCCCAAUCCUCUCUUCUGCUCAAGCUCGAUUCCUGUGGCCAUUCUCUCUCUAUUUCCCAGUCCCCUUCCUCCCUGAGCACGCCUGGGGUUACUGGUUCUGUCAUGUGGGAUAGUGGAGUUGUAUUGGGGAAGUUUCUAGAGCAUGCUGUGGACUCGGAGUUGUUACUGCUUCAAGGCAAGAAAGUUGUUGAAUUGGGCUCUGGCUGUGGUUUAGUCGGCUGCAUUGCAGCCCUUUUAGGUGGUCAAGUUGUCCUCACCGAUCUCUUUGAUAGAUUGAGGCUACUAAAGAAGAACAUUGAUGCCAAUCUGAGACAUGGAGAUGUGCGAGGUUCAGCAAAAGUGAUGGAAUUGCAAUGGGGAGAUGAUCCUGACCCGGAACUGAUAGAACCUCGACCUGAUUUUGUUCUAGGAUCUGAUGUAAUCUAUAGUGAGGGAGCAGUAUUGGAUCUGCUGUCUACCUUGCGGCAACUCUGUGGGUCUGAGACAACAGUGUUCUUGGCUGGAGAACUUCGAAAUGAUGCUGUCCUUGAAUACUUCUUAGAUUGCGCAAUGGAGGAUUUCAUAAUUGGACGUUUGGAGCACAGUCAGUGGCAUCCAGACUAUUGUAGCAGUCGUGUUGUUUUGUAUGUUCUGGUCAAGAAAGUGAUGGUGGAUCUUUAGGAAGAAAACAUAGAUUUUCUUUCUACAAACACAGUUCGAACUCCUACAACUGUACC